UUAGUGAAGACAGAACCAAAGUAGUUAUUCAAUAGGUCUGCCAUGUCCUUGUUCCCCAUGAUCAAUUCACCUGUUUCUGACUGUAAGGGACCUACAAUUGUCUUAACCAAUCUUUUUCUUUUCACAUAUCUAUAAAAGCUUUUACAGUCAGUUUUUAUGUUCCCUGCCAGCUUUCUCAUAAUCUUUUUUUCCUUUCUUAACUAAGCCCUUUGUCCUCCUCUGCUGGACUCUGAAUUUCUCCCAGUCCUCAGGUGUGCUGCUUUUUCUGGCUAAUUUGUAUAUUUCUUCUUUGGAAUUGAUACUAUCCCUAAUUUCCCUUGUCAGUUCCCGUGUCCGAACCAUAUCUUCAGCACAUGGUGGCAUUUCGUCAGAUCUUCCUUUUGCAUCUUUCCUUUCCCAUUACCUUUAUCACUAGGUUCAGACAAGUUCUUCCCACUUCUCGUAGACGUAGACAUAUUGUUCCCCUUCAAGAAUCAGCAAAUAAAAAUUUUAAAUUCUAAGUUUAAACUAAGGGGAAAGGAACAAAACUGGGAGCAGCACAAAAACUGCAUUUACAGACAGGCGCAGUCUCCUGAUCUGGUAUUUCUUUAGGAUCCUGGCAGUCCUAGAAACCAUGAGGAAGACAGGUGGUAGCGACAGGUUCCUCCUCGUUGUUAGGUUUCCUGGUUUUCCUGUCAGCCCUCUUAAGGUCCUUCACCUUGUACCUAUUCCGUAGGAAUAUUGUGCAUAAUCUUCCUAUUUCCUCAGGGAGACUCUUCGGGCCCAAAAGUUUUUGCAUGGAUAAUCAAAGUAAAAAUUUGAUUUACUGAAGAAAUCCGGACUCCCAGAGACAUGCAAGACACUUCUGCCUGAGAUGCUGAUACCAGCUAGACUUUAUGGGCUCCCUAAGAUACACAAGGAAGGUGGAAAAUAUAUCUCAGCGUUGUCGGGAAUAUUUAAUAAAAAAGGUGAAUGCUGAGAACUGUGUUCGAUUACUCAGCUUCGCAGACAUGUACAACUGUGAAGAGCUCAAACUGAGUGCAAAGCGAAUGGUAGAGCAUAAAUUCACCACUGUUUAUCAUCAAGAAGCAUUUUUGCAGUUAUCACAUGAUCUACUGAUUGAUAUCCUUAGCAGUGACAAUUUAAAUGUUGAGAAGGAAGAGACGGUUCGUGAAGCUGCCAUGCUGUGGCUUGAAUAUGAUACUGAAUCACGAUCCCAGUAUUUAUCUUCAGUCCUUGGCCAAAUAAGGAUUGAUGCACUUUCUGAGGUAACACAGAGAGCUUGGUUCCAAGGCUUACCACCGAACGACAAGUCUGUUGUGGUGCAAGGACUGUACAAAUCUAUGCCAAAAUUCUUCAAACCACGACUUGGUAUGACAAAAGAAGAGAUGCUUAUAUUCACUGAAGUCACUGGUGAAAAUCCUCGUUCUUCCUUCUGUGCAGUUUGUUACAGUCCUCAGGCUGAGAAGGUAUACAAGCUGUGUAAUCCCCCUGGGGAUCUCCAGAGAGUGGGGACUCUGGUCACUCCUGAUAAUGAUAUUUACAUUGCAGGUGGACAGGUACCUCUGAAAACGUCCAUCACCAACAAUAGUAAAGCAACUAAACUUCAGGCUGCAUAUAGACCUGUUAAUUGUUUCUACCUGUUUGAUGCUCAGCUGAAUACAUGGGUUCCAAAGUCUCCAAUGCUGUGUGCUCGCAACCGGCCUUCACUGGUUUGCUGUGAAGGCUAUAUCUAUGCAAUCGGAGGGGACAAUGUUGCUGGGGAAAUGAACAAACGGACCGUAGAGAGGUACGAUUGUGAAGCAGAUGAAUGGACGUUAGUGAAUCCCUUGCCUUGUGCCUGGCAAUGGAAUGCAGCAGUGGCUGUGGAAGACUACAUUUACGUCAUGGCACACAAUCUAACAUUCUGCUACUGCCCACGUACCGACACGUGGGUGGAAAUGGCUGCUCGUCACACAAGCAGGUGUUUUGCCUCAGCUGCAGCCUUUGGAGAUAAAAUUUUCUACAUUGGUGGUUUGCAUAUUGGAAAUAACUCAGGCAUCCGAAUUCCUUCAAGCACUGUUGAUGGUUCUUCUGUAACUGUUGAAGUAUAUGAUGUGAUGAAAAAUGAGUGGAAAAUAGCAACUAAUAUCCCUGCAAAACGCUACUCUGACCCAUGUGUGAGGGCAGUAGUGGUCUUGAACUGCUUAUGUGUGUUUAUGAGAGAUACUCACAUGAAUGAAAAACCCAAGUAUGCAAUCUAUCAGUACAAUAUGGAGCUGGACCAAUGGAUCUUGCGUCAGUCCAUUUCCGAGAGAGUUCUCUGGGAUCUUGGCAAAGAUUUUCGGUGCACUAUGGGGAAACUUUACCCCUCGUGUCUGGAAGAAUCUCUUUGGAAGCCUCCACCAUCUCUGUUUUCGCAAGAUGGAGCAGAUGAGUUUGAAUUGGAUGGGGAGAUGGUUACCUUGCCUUUGAACAGUUAGCCAAAUGAGGGCACAGAUGCUGUGGAUUGCAAGGACAUACAGAGCACAGCAGAGUGCAUGUCUUCAAGCUUCCAGAUCAGGAUGGGGUUUAUAAGCUGUACCCAUAUUCAGCACAGCUUGUCACUAAGUUUGCAUAGUAUUGUAUAAAUAACUGAGAAAUGAGUUGUGUUAUAUCUUCUACUCCUAGAUACUGUGUUCUGCUAAAGAGAUUAUCAUAUUGUUACAGUGUGACUAGUUUUCAAAAGAACUUGUUUUACUUACACAUAUCUCUGGAUUUGACUAUGAAGAUAAGAGAUAUUGUAGAUCUUCCCAGUAAAACUAGGCUGGCUGCAGGUUCAGUCGAAACAUUGGAUUUGUUAGAUACACAUAAACCAGUAUCCAUAGAAGUAACCCCAGGUAAUAAAACUACCAAAUGGCUGGUUAUUUACCAGGUGUACAUUAGUGGAGCAGUCACUACCAUUCUAGAUUGACUGCCGGUCUCUUGUCGUGCGGGUCUGUGGAGUUUCAAUACUCAAUGUCUCCACAUUGCAAGUAACAUAGGCUCAUCCAUAUUACAAUUUCCUGCUGCUGAAUUGUCAUUUAAGACAAAUUUUGGUGAGUAACAACCAGGUCUUUAUUUUGUAUUCAUUAAUUUAAUAAGGCAACUGUUACUGUAGUGUGAUUGUGUAGAGGUAUCCUAGCUGUUGGGUUUUUAAUACAGUUGAUUUGAGUGAAAAUGUUUCCUGCGUGCAAGGGAGCAGAAUGGAACGGACCCAGCACUGCUCUGGCAUAACUCCCUGGAACCACUGGCAGUUGCUGGGCUUUCCAUUCUAAUAGGAGCACAGGUGCAUGUUCAGCUACAUUUGUGUUCCUUUGGCACUGUCGUUUGAAUUAACUUAAUUUAUUAAAAACCUUCACAAAAGGAAAUGUUUGUUUUCAUUUUUGUGAUUC